AUGUUCGUCUCCGAAAGUUCACUUCCAUCUAUUCCACGGUCACCGACUGCUUUCGUGAAUGAGGAAAUAAACACUCCUGGAAAGGAUUCAAAUACUUCGGAUGUGGACAAAUUAACGGGUGUAUUUUCGCCCAGUUCUCGGGAUGCAGCCGCAAAGGAAAACCUCCAUUCGCUUCUCUUUUCACCGGAAACUUACAAUGAAAGUGAACACUCGGGAGACAACAGCAAGAUUUUUAGUUAUGGCGAAACUGAAGAUGACGUUUUUCUCCUUUCAACGUCAUACAGCAUAACAGUUAACGAGGAAAUCACGAAGGACGACAGCAAAAUUACCCGCGGUGAAAAGGCGAAAAACGAACAGGCAAGUAUAAAGGACGAAGUUGAGUCUACGGAAUGGCCACUAAAGUCUGCGGAAACUAAGCUUCCUAAGAUAGUGGUUUCGGAUGACACAGACACUCUGCGAUCAGUGCGUCCUAUGCCGAGAUCGGAAAUAGUUCCAGACGAUAAUUCCCGAGAAGAAAAUUCCUCGGCAGACACAAGGUUUUAUAAGAAACCUCCUCCAUUCAGCCAAGAGCCCUGCGGCGAAACAGAGUCCGGAAAACGCGUUGCUGGACCUAAAGAAGAACAGGUUAAAGACGAGAACGGAGAAGACCAAGCCAACAAUGAACAAAAACAAAAGAACACCACGAAACACGAUAAAGAACCAUUGCUUUUGGAUCAGAAUCUCACAGAAUCCCAGAAUCAGCAAACAGAUUUGGUCAAAGAGACGUCAAUGGUGACCACCGAACUGACCUUGUUAGGGCAAUCAAAUUCUAAGCUCCAGAAUGAGAAUAUGGCCUUAAACCUUCAGAUCCAGGAACUUAAGCAGGAACUUGCCGCGGCCAAGGACGAAGUACGAGCGAUGAAGGGACGUUUGGAGAGAUCCGAGCUGCGUGCCACAAACCUGAAGAAACAACUUCAAACGGAGGAAAGCCGUCGCAAAAUUGGUGCGCUAAAGCAGAAGCAGGUUUUAUUGAACCAGGCUCUGGAAGCUAAGGAGGAGGCUGAACAAGCCAAGCAGAAGCAGUUGAGUCUGGAAGCUCAGCGCCUACGGCUGGAGAACCAGCUCAAGGAAGUCACCGCUAGAGCCAGCAUGGCAGAGCACGACCGUCAGGUAAUUGAUCGGCAACACUCUCGACUGCGUACGAUGAGCGUAGAUUUGCAGAAGGAAUUGGAUUCUACCCAACAGGCACGCCAGGAAGCUCUUAAUUCUACACGCCAGCUGGAACAGCGGCUGCAGUUGAGUGAGAAACAGCGUGCAGAGUCAAUUGAGGCUCUUGAUAAGGCUACCAAGGAGAGCCGAAAGAUGCGUCGGGAUAGGGAUAACGUGCAGGAGGAGCUCAAACGGCUUCAGAAAACCAAAAGCGAACUCGUUCUUCAGAACUUAAAACUUUCGGAGGAUCUCGCGGAGCAAAAGAGUGAUCUCUCUGAUAUGCAGUUGGCUCUUAAUGAGAAACGUGAAAGGGAGAAACUGUUAACGGCAAAACUGGAAGACGCGGAAGCAAAACUCAGAGCAGAGGAGAUGAAGACGGAACGCCUUGAGGCUAACACGAAAUCUCUGGAGAAAACGAUCAAAGACUUGCGAGAUAACUUAUCAGCAAUGUCUAAAGAGUCUCCUCCGCAGCAACAGAAGAUGACAGAAAUGGAGCAACUGCUGUCUCUCGUGAGAGAACAGCUCCGGUCAGAACAGGAGAAGUCCCAGGCUGCGGCCCGCGAAGCUCGUGCUCAAGGCCGAAAAGUAAGGGAGUGCACAAUGCUGCUUGAACAGAAGAAAAUAGCUGCGGUUGAGCUGCAAGGAAAGUUUGACAAAUUAGAAGCAGCUCAUGGAAGAUUAAAACACGAACGUGAAACCAUGGAGGACGAAAUCUCCAGACUCAGAAUUCAGAAACGGGCCUUCAGUCGUGAUCUAGAAACCCUUACAGAAAAAAUUCGCCUAUUAGAGCAGGAGAGGGAGAGCUUACUCCACAAACUAAAUUAUCAACAGGAAUCUACCUGGCCGGAACUUUCUGGGGCCCCCGUCUCGUCGACACCUCCAGAUGUGACCUCUGCCGCUUAA